GGACCACUUCCUCUUUCAAGAAGAAGCAAUCAGUAUGUCUUAAGUAUCCAGGACUCAUUCACAAAAUUUUCCGUAACAGCUGUCAUGCCUCGCAUAACAGCUGAGUAUGUUAUCGACAGAUUUUUGAAAUGCUUCGUAUUUAUUUACGGCCCACCAGAAAAACUUAUCACUGACAGAGGCAGUAACUUCUUGUCAGAAAAAUUCAAAAAUAUGUGCAUUAAAAACGGAAUCAACCACCAAACUACACUUCCGCACCAGAAAAACUCCAAUGGUCAAGUCGAGAGACUGCAUAGGACCUUGGAGGAAUGUCUUUCACACUACGUAAAUAGUAACCUCUCCGAUUGGGACGAUAUUCUACCCAAAAUAACUUUUGCUCUGAAUAGCGUUAAAAGCGCCACCACUGGCAUCGCACCAUACUUUGCACUGUUUGGCAGAGAAUGUAGAACCAAAUUUGAUAGUGAUCUGCCCAAAUUUACAAUCCUCGAGAAUACUUUGGAAGAAGAGACAGAAAUGAUAAAAGAGAACGAGAAAGUUAUUUCCAAAGAGAUUGUGAGACAAUUAGAAAAGAACGAGGAGAAAAUGACUAAAAAGCACCAACAGUCAAAGAAAGUAGCGAGCAAAGAAAUUAAAGUGGGAGAUAAAGUUUUGAUCGCUGUAAACAACAAGCAGCCUGGAUCAAAAUUGAGAGAGAGUUACACUGGUCCAUGUGUUGUGAAGAAAGUAGCUGGAUCCAACAUCCAAGUCUUAAACGACUCUGGAAAGCUUCAAGAUGUUCACAAAGACAAUCUGAAGCCAUUUUUCGGCCAAGACCCUCAAUCAGAAUCCGAAUCCGAUUCUGACGCCACGACAGUCAUCGAACUCUCAUCGGAUUCCGAAUCAGAAUCAGACGACAUGGAAGACUACAACUGGACUCCAGGAAAAAGAAAUAUAGACCGCUAA